GUGCGUGUCUCUUCCGACGUUAACCGUCAACUGUUACCGUUAAUUUUGUUCGCUCCGCAGGGUUUAACGGACCCCGGAGCGCGUCUCUCGCUGCCCCCCCUGAAACCGUCGCGAUGGACGCCGCCUGAGAAGACGACAACCUGGCUUCAAGGGGGAGUGUAGUCAACUCUCAAUUAAUGUUUUUUGUUCUCUCUCAACCGGCUAACUUUUUAAAAAGAACCGUCGACGACGGAAAGUAAAGUCUCAUUGAGCUUAAAACGUGUAUUCGCUAACUUAAGCGCUCGCGUCGUAUCCUACAACUCAACGUGGAAAUGUGAGUUUGUUUUGGGGGGUUUUCUACCGGAGUUUAAAAGUCGUCAGUCGGACUCUCUUAGCUUGAAGACCUUCGUGUUUGGGGAUUUCACACGCGCUAACUUCCACGCGCCUCCGAGAGAGGUCAAAGGUCAAGAGGUUCUGAGCCUGUCUAACCUGGUUUCGCUCAAGAGGAGUUAACCGGAUUUCAGAAAGCGGGCUUCAGCCGUUCAGCCACACCUGCUGGCUCCAGUCAUGCAGUCACAGUGGCCUCGACUCAUGGAUGCGUUUCAUUUGGACAAUUGAACUUUUUAUGGACCAGAGUUGUGUCACACAAUCACCUGUACCGGUGGUCACCACCUGGUGUGACCCGAGGGCAUCAUGUGCACUUAAGUUUUGUUUGUGUUUUAAAGAUGAGCCAAGGUCCAAACCUCGUCCUGGAGUGGCUGUGUAAGCUCCAUCUGGCCCAGUACGUGGAGUCCUUCAUCGACAACGGCUAUGAUGACUUAGAGGUUUGUAAACAGAUUGGGGAGCCAGACCUCGACGCCAUAGGCGUCCAAAUUCAGCACCACAGACACCGGCUGCUCACAGCGGUGCACAAGCUGAAAUACGAGGACGAAAGUAAAGCACCUGGCUAUUAUUUUACCUUGGAGCCUCUGGAUCCCUCCGCAUGCAACCAACACCGAGAAGAGGACUUCAGGGCUUUGAGGACGCGGACCACCGGACUACACGAGGCCUCCUGUCCCGGAAACCAUAACCUGAGAUUCACAGAUUGUAAUGAUUUUGUGACUUAUCCCAAACUGAAGCUCAAGGUGCUGUUGAGGGAUAAGCUGGCGAGAGAUGGAAUCGACCUGGGAGAAGCACCGUACACCUAUAAGGAUGGCUCGCCGGGGAACCUUGACGACCUGGCUCAGGAGUAUUCUCAGUACUACGGCACCUCCCUCCGAGACGUGUGUGAAAGGAUGGAGGAGCUCCGCAAACGCAAAGUAGCGCAAGACGCCGAGAUGGGAACAGUUGACUCAGCGGCCACAUCACUGCAGCUGCGCUCUCAGAUCCAGGAAUCCCUUGGACUGAGCAGUACCACGUCCACACCGGAGACCGAGAGAAGGUUUCCUGUCCACAAAUCUAGCUCUGAUGACGGAUCAGGAGGAAAAUGGGAUGGAAAGAGAAAGAGCAAGUCUUUUUGGCAGACUUUUCGAAAGUCACAGAAAGGAGUGUUGCGUCAGAUUUCAAAAGGUGACGACGUUGGUUUUGUGGCCAGUGAAAUCACCAUGAGCGAUGAAGAGCGUAUCCAGCUGAUGAUGAUGGUGAAGGAGAAUAUGAUAUCCAUCGAGGAAGCCUUGGCACGGCUGAAGGAGUUUGAAGUACAGAACAGACAGACGUGCCGGUCCGAGCCCACGGAAUGGGCCGAGCCCUCCGGCCUCGCCACGAACGAGUCAUUCAGCUGCACCCCGUGUGACCCGUCAGACAGCGAACAGGAGGAAUCUGUGACGUUCAGGAGACUCCACAAACUGGUCACCUCGACCCGGAAGGUGAAGAAGAAGCUGAUCAGAAUCGAGGAGUCGAAGAGGCCCGGAGCCGAGGAGAGCUUCACGAUGGACGGUCUUGCUUUUGGAGAUGCCGGCGCCUCGCUGUACUCCGAUGUGCGCAAGAAGCUCGCCGUCUGCCCCGUGGACUCCCUGGCGUCGGCUCUGCGUGACCAGCUGACGUGUGAGGGGGAGUCCGACAGCCCGACCACCUCCCCGUCCUCCCGCGGCCUGGACGUCUGCAGCGGCCACAAGAUCUUCCAGGCCUUCAGAAAAUCCAGCGGAAGCCCCGUUCACCAGGGGACGAGUGUGGCGGCGGAGGCGAGGCAGGCCGCUGAGGCCGGUGAAAUGGAGGCUUCCGAUAACGAGCAAUCCAAAAUCGCUCGCUCUGUGACCGAUGGAGAGCUGCGUCCCCGGAUCCUCAGCCAGCAUGGGAGAGCUUGUAGCUUCGGAGGUUUUGACCUGACGAACCGCUCUCUGCAGGCGGCCGUCCCGAACAACGACGACGUCAAUAAAGACCGAGACGGCGCGAGAGAGCCCAUCAAGUCUCCGGCGACGUCUAGGAUUUCCCUCGGCAAAAAAGUCAAGUCUGUGAGAGAAACCAUGAGAAAACACAUAUCCAAGAGAUACCACUGUUCUCUCUCUGAACAGUCGAGCCCGGACCGCACAUGCAGCUGCCCUCGCUCUCCUCAGAAGGACUGCGACUCUCUGGAGAAACCCAAACUGAAGCCAGGAGGGUCUGUGGAAAGCCUGAGGAGUUCCCUCAGCGGACAAAGCUCCAUGAGCGGUCAGACUGUCGGUACCACCGACUCCUCCAACAGCAACAGAGAGAGCGUGAAGUCUGAGGACGGCGAGGAGGACGAGCCGCCGUACCGCGGACCCUUCUGUGGGCGCGCUCUCGUCCACGCCGACUUCACCCCCAGCCCCUACGACACGGACUCGCUCAAGCUUAAGAGCGGCGACGUCAUCGACGUCAUCAGUAAGCCUCCGAUGGGCACGUGGAUGGGAAUGCUCGGCGGCAAAGUCGGCACCUUCAAGUUCAUUUAUGUGGACGUCCUGAAUGAAGAGGAGGCGAAGCCCAAAAAGACGCGCAGGAGGAGGAAGGCCCGGCAUCCCAAACCCACCUCGGUGGAGGAGCUCCUCGAUCGCAUCGACCUCAAAGAGCAUCUUCCCACGUUCCUUUUCAACGGCUACGAGGAUCUGGACACGUUCAAGUUGUUGGAGGAGGAGGACCUGGACGAGCUGAACAUCAGGGACGCCCAGCACAGAGCGGUGCUGCUCACCGCCGUGGAGCUGCUGCAGGAGGACGAUGGCAGCAGCGACCCGGAGCGAGGCGGUCAGUCCGAAGGCUCCCAGGAGAAGCUGCUCCUGGACCGGCGUGGACUGGCGGGGGACUCCCCGCGGGACUCCGGCUGCUACGAGAGCAGCGAGAACCUGGAGAACGGAAGGGACAAAAAGACGUCUUCAUCCACCAGCAGGUCCUCCUCCGGGUUUGAGUCGAGCCCCCUCCCGUCCUCCCCUCCUCCCCCCCGGAUCCUGAGCUCUAGUAAGACUUCGCUCCACAGUAACCCAGGACACCCGCUCUGUAGCUUCUCCCCACUAAGACCCCCGGAGAUCGGCUUACGUCUCCGAAGCCCGGCAGGACCUCGUCUUCCCGGUGGAGCCACAGCGAGGAGUCUGAGCUGCGUGGAGCUGAGAAGGAACCCGGCGCCAGAUCUGCUGAGGCGGAGCGUCUCUGUGCCGGUCCUCCACAGAGCGCGGGAGAGGACACGCAUCGAGCCGGACGACCGGGAUCUGACCACCGGCGUCGGGACGGAGGAGAGCAGCGGCUCCAGGUCCACAGUGACGCUUUCUGACAGCGUGUUGGCCUCAAAGAGCACGUGAACCGCUACUUUACAGAUGUCAGUUGCAGCUGGUGACCAUCUUAAAGCCAUGUUGUUGUUUCAGAAUGUUUUAAAGAAGCAGUGUGUGGGAUUCAGUGCCCUCUAGCUGUGAAGUGGUGUAAUUGCACCCCUCCACUCACCCCUCAUUUUGCCAGUUUCGAGAAGCUACGGUGGCCUUCAGGGUAAUUUAGAAAUAC